AUGCAGACAACUUUACGUGUUAAAAACGUGGCGGUGAAACCGUUGUGCAAGGAGCAAAUGAUACCGACUGUUAACGGAAGACUUCCCGGUCCAACAAUAAACGUUAGAGAAGGCGACACUCUCGUGGUUCAUGUUAUCAACAACUCUACUCACAAUAUAACCAUCCAUUGGCAUGGAGUGUUUCAGUUGAAAAGCUCAUGGAUGGACGGUGCGAAUAUGAUAACUCAAUGUCCGAUUCAACCACGUAAUAACUUCACGUAUCGGUUCGAUAUCACCGGACAGGAAGGUACUUUGUUAUGGCAUGCGCACGUCGUUAAUCUACGUGCCACUCUUCAUGGAGCUCUAAUCAUCCGUCCUAGAUCAGGUCGUCCUUAUCCCUUUCCUAAACCCUACAAGGAAGUUCCUCUCGUUUUUGAACAAUGGUGGGACGCAGAUAUUGAACUUCUAAAUUCACGGCCAGCUCCGAUUUCUGAUGCGUACCUCAUCAAUGGCCUCGCUGGAGAUUCAUAUCCUUGCUCUACGAACAGGAUGUUUAAGCUCAGGGUAGAACAAGGGAAAACAUACUUGCUAAGGAUUAUAAACGCGGCGCUGAACACUCACCUCUUCUUCAAAAUAGCCAAUCACAACGUGACAGUUGUCUCUGUAGAUGCUGCCUACACAACACCUUACGUUAGCGAUGUGAUGAUUUUGACGCCGGGACAAACCGUCGACGCACUUCUCACGGCUGACCAGCCCAUAGGAACGUACUACAUGUCCAUAAGCCCUUACACUAGUGCAAACUCGUUAGUACCGGUACCCCCUAGUAAUCCUAUUAGAAGUCUAAUCGUCUACGAGGGUGCAAAGUUGACAACAUCCCCAUCAAGCCCGUUGAUGCCUUCAGGGAUGAUAGCAAUAUCCACCGCUCACAGAUUCUCCUCGAACAUCACUAGCCUCGUGGGUGGACCAUACUGGACGCCAGUGCCUAGCCACGUGGAUGAGAAGAUGUUCGUAACCAUGGGGCUUGGCUUAAACCCAUGCCCUCAGGGAACCAAGUGUAUUGGUCCGUUUGGUCAGCGCUAUUCUGGUUCUCUCAACAACCGUACUUUUUUGAUCCCCGAAACGAUUUCACUCCAAGAAGCUUAUUUCUAUAACAUCGGUGGAGUAUACACAGAUGACUUCCCCAACCAACCUCCGACGAAAUUUGACUAUGCCAAUUUUGGCGUCCGUACAAAUUCUGAAUACAAAAUGAUGUUUCCGGAGAGAAAGACUAGCGUCAAAACACUUAAAUAUAAUUCUACAGUUGAGAUUGUUGUGCAGAACACAGGGAUGAUUAGCGCAGAGAGCCAUCCCAUGCACCUUCACGGCUUCAAUUUUUAUGUGCUGGGUUAUGGAUUUGGUAACUAUGAUCCCAUCCGCGAUGCAGAAAAGCUAAAUCUAGUUAACCCGCAAAUGCACAAUACCGUCGGUGUACCACCAGGUGGAUGGGUUGUCGUAAGAUUUAUUGCCAAUAAUCCCGGUGCAUGGAUGUUCCACUGUCACAUGGAUGCACAUUUACCUUACGGAAUUAUUAUGGUUUUCAUAGUUAAAAAUGGACCAACUCCAGAAACAAGCUUGCAACCUCCGCCGUCGAAUCUUCCACAAUGCACUCGUGAUCCCACGAUCUAUGAGUCACUGGCAACAAACGUUGAUUUGUAUUCCUAG